UUAGCUGCUCGCUAUCGUCGUCAGACACUGGUCAGAUACCGGGAUGAUCAGACACCAUUCAACGGGCCCGCGUGUUUCACGUAAACCCGCUGGUCCGCGUAAUCGGACCUGUAAUAUCGAUGGAUACCGUCAGGAGUUCGAGAGUGACAAGCAGUGGUCCGCUAGACGUCAGUUCAUAGUGAAACACGUUAAAGAUUACGAGGGAAAUGCUCUUGAUAAUUUACUGGCCCUGUCGAUGGUAUGGGUGAACUACGUUUUCCUGGGAUGCAGAUAUGGCUCCCAUCUAAUGCUCAAGGUGCUUGAGAUGGCAGAAGGGAUUGAUGUUGGUGAAAUGCCCUCAUAUGAACUAGUCCCGAAUGCUGAAUCAAAAAAGAGACCAGGUUCAUCUGAUGGAAGUGAAGAGCCCACGAGAAAGAUGCCUGUGUCAAAAUUCACUUCCAGACCUCGAUUUCAGCCAGUACACUUUGUGAGUGGUGGGAGUUGCGGCAGUGGAAAUGGAGAAACUGACGAAAAAGAGAAUGAGAAGGAGCGCAGGAGGGGUGAGAUGAAUGAAGUAAGACAGAAGGAACCAUAUCAUCAGCCAUAUAAUGGUAACCAUGACAAUGGCCCUUCUUCCUCCUCUGGCUGCCUUGAGAUGGGGAGGUACGGUUAUGAUUCUUGGCCUGAGAACAGAACCAAAGAAGUGGCUGCGAGCGGCAGAAGUGGGCUUGGCUAUGGCAGCAGUACCCAGAACUUCAUGUGCAAAGUGCAGCAGGAAUACACUGCUAGUUAUGAGGCUCAUCAUGCCAAAAACUCUGAAGCAUUCUCACAGGCAGUCCGAGUUGAGGGAUACGGAGGUGCUGGACGGUCUGGAGCCUGGGUUAGCAGAGGGUGUGGACUGGGAUUUGGACAUCAGGAUAGGCCGACUUCCAGCAAGGCAUUUAGCAGGGUAUACGACGGUCCAAGCAGAGGCGGCGCUGGCCUUCUCCCUACACCCUCUCUGCCGACUUCUAUACUUCCAGAAAUAAUUAACGAAAAACAGAGGCUUAUUACUAGAGUGUCAUCAGCCGUUGCCGUCACCCUCAGAAAUCCUAUGUUCAUGAGUGGGCCCGAUGGCCCAAAUUACAAUUUCAUACUUAGCCGCAGCAUUCAGGCCUGCAAGACGAACCCAGAGUACAUCUAUGUCAAUUUAAGAGAUAUUCCACCCGCUGACCUUCCUAAGAACAGAAAAGUACCCACUGAUGGAUAUGCAUGUGAAUUGAGGUGUCAGUGUGUGUACCUUGCCACCGGGUACUCUGGGAGUAAAAACGGUGCCAGAGACCGAGCAUCAGAACAGGCUGUCAAGCUGUUUAUGAGGCCGGUGGAAGUCCGUGUCUUGCAACGGCAGUACAAGCGUACUUGCGUCAAUGACAUGGUGGUGUGCCAAGUUAACACUCCAAACCCUACCCUCCCCCCACCUCUUCGCAACCCGGAGGACAAGCCGUCCCCAAGUACCAAGGGCCAGUAUGAGCCUGACCAAAGCAAACACUGGACAGAAUUUGUAAUCAUGGAGAACGCACACGAUGCCAUCUGUAUACUCAACAACUCGGCUGCCUUCAACCGCAUGAAAGUUGAUUACACAUUUGACCCGGUUCACAAUAGCAAUUUAUGGCUCUGUAGUGUGUACUUGCAGGGUGAGCUGGUGGCACAAGCCAGAGGGACCAAGAAGAGCUCAAAACACGCAGCGGCGGAGGAGGCGGUGAGGAAGUUACGAAUGAACCAGACUGCUCGCCAACAAGAGCAGCAGCAGCAGCAGCAGCAGUGUUUUUCUGGAGGGAACCACACUUUGGACCAGCCCAGUGGUCGAUACACCCAGCAAAGCAGCAAGAAAGCACAUCUGGGUGAAUUGGUGAUUCUUGAAAACUCUGAUAAUGCUAUUUGCAUAAUAAAUGACACUGCUCAAUUUAAUAAAGUGCUUGCUGAAUACAAAUUCACGGUUCUGCCGGACCAUCGCUGGCAGUGUGAAGUUUACCUAGAUGGGAAGUACGUGGCUGCAGGCGUUGGGCCUAAAAAGACGGUGAAACAUAUUGCAGCAGAGGAGGCCCUUGCCACACUUCGAUGUACACAGGCUGUGGUGAAGUCCAACCUCAGGAAGGAGGGCAAUGUGGAUGCAAUUUCCCGAAAUCAAAUCAUUGCUCAUUCUGGCGAGGAAUCCAUGCGGCAGGAGAUCAAGGAGGACAACAUUGGUAACCAGCUACUCCGUAAGAUGGGCUGGACGGGUGGUGGUUUGGGUAGAGAAGGAGAGGGCAUUGCUGAACCCAUCAAAGUCAAAGAGCAGUAUAACAGGGAAGGACUUGGCAUGGACAGGCAAAGUAAUCUGACUAAGCGUGAUAUUGAGGAAAUCAUUCGGAAUUAUGUGAGUUCAAACCGUCAAGAUGAACUGCGCUUCUCUACGGAGCUCAACAAUGAAGAGCGCCGGCAGAUCCACCAGAUAUCCCAAAGGUACGGGCUGCGCAGCAAGUCGUACGGACAGGGCCGACUACGCUUUCUUGUUGUUAGCCGCAGAGUCCAGAAGGAACAGCUGAUUGGUCAGCUUUUACAGGAAGGGCAGGUGGGACGAUAUGAACUGGUGAAGCCUCAGGCUUCACAAUGACUGGGCUCAACAGGUUCUCUGAGAUGACUAUUAAUAAAAGAAAAGCAGUUUUACUUGUUACAUUUCCUGUUAAUUUGUUUCCGAAGAGUGUAAUUAAAAAACAUUAUAAUAAUUCUCAAUGUCUACAAUGUGUACCCUUUUCUUCCCUUUACCAGUUUGUCCAAUUAUGUCCAGAUUUACAGUAGGUUAGGUCAAGGUCAUAUGAUGAACACAAAUCAUGUUACUCACUAAACUUUGUAAUAUCAUGUAUCUUAUGAAUAUUUAUUGACAUGGCUAUUAGAAGUGGGGCCUUUUGGCAGCACAUGACAUUCCAUUUUCUGUUUUAUUAUGCUUUCAAAAUGGACAAUAUAUCGUUCACUCUGU